AUGGUAACAACUAGGUUUGCUUCAAGAAAGUUACUUUCAAUAAAUAAACAAUUAAAUUCCCCAAGCCAGCAAUUUAUCAAAUGGGAGAAGGUUCUCUACAAACACCAACCAUUUCCAGAUAAUUACACAGAUGACGCAUUAUUUCUUGAUCAGUUACGCACAAAUGUUAAUGUUGUCAAGUAUUCGAUUAUUGAAUCGAUACGUGGUGGUGCAAUAGUUAUGUCACAAGUUAAUUUGGUUGUUAUUUAUUUGGGCAAGUUUUUUCUUAUUUUUGUAUUUAACACUUAA